AUGGUAUCAGAGAUUUAUGGUCUUUUUAUUCUCGUUCUUAUUUUUCUUCCCAAUCGCUUUCUUUCCUCCAUGGCUAGAACUAGGUCUGGUCGUUCCACUCCAGCUGCUGCAACUUGUACUCACAAACCUCCCAUUAAUUGUGAUUCCAGUCACUCUGUUUUUGAACUCAAUGAACGCAAUGUCUCUUCAAAUAACCCCUUUUAUCUCUCUAAUGUCGGCCAUCUAGGGACUGGCAUCACUACCAAUGUUCUUCAAGGAAGUAGCAACUACAAUGCUUGGUGUUGCACCAUUAAACUCUCGAUGGUUACUAAGAACAAGAUGGGUUUUGUUCUCGAUACAAUCCCCUUACCUUCAAUCAACGAUCCCUGUUAUAACUCAUGGACCCAAUGCAACUCCAUGGUUAUGAGUUGGCUCAUCAACUCUAUUUCUCCUCAAAUUGCUACUAGCAUCAUCUAUCAGGAGAGGGCUUAUUCUAUGUGGCAAGAUCUCCAUGGAAGGUUCCACCAGAGCAAUGGUCAUCGGAUCUUUCAAUUGAAACAAUCCAUUGCCAAUAAUCAGUAA